AUGAAUCGAUGUGAGACUCAUGAUCCAGACUUGCUCAAUGAUCCGGAAUUUUUGCGAUGCAUUCGUGACCCAGAAUACGAAUUCGAUGUCCGUACGAAAUACUCGUUAGGGUGUCGGAGGUGUCUUGAGGUGCCUUCUCAAAAGUCUGACCAGACGGUUCGCUAG